UUGCUAAAAAUAACCAGAAAGCCCAAUUCAAAGCUUAAACCCUUCACUCCUUCAUCAGCGGAUCAACUGGAAUCCGCCAUUACUGAAAGCUCCAUUUCAAUCAAAUCAGCAUUUCUGCAAUUCUUCUCAGCAAGCGAGAAUGGGAAGCAGAUUGGGAAGAAGGGUUGUGAAUUUUGCGAACCUACCGAUUAAACUACUCAUGCCGUCAUCUUUCUCCAACAUCAAGGAAAUUGCCCUAAAAACGAUUCCAUCUGCUUCGAAGAUUGAGAUUAAGAGGGUUCUGGAAUCCCUGUACGGAUUCGAGGUGGAGAAAGUGGAAACCCUAAACAUGGAUGGGAAGAAGAAGAAGCGAGGCGGGCUUCUGAUCGCUAAACCCGAUUACAAGAAAGCUUACGUCACGCUGAGAACCCCUCUUUCGAUAAACCCCGAUCUUUUUCCGAUUAAGGUGAUUGAGGAAGAGAAGAGGAACAUGAUCAAGCAGUCGAAAUCCACCAGCAUUGUUGAAGACCCUGAGGCUGUGAAGCAAUCGCAUUGGCUGGACGACAAGCGGGAGAAAGUCAGAGUCAAGUCGCCCGAGCGACGAAACUUUGGCGAACGAGUUAGGCGGGGCGGCGAGAAUAAGGGUGAUGGAUCGACUGCCAAGUUUCCGUGGAGCAGCAUGAGGCCGUACCGGAGGUAAUGGCAUUUCGUGUUUUUUUUUUUUUUGGUUUGCCUUUUUGAAAAAGGUUUUUUCAAAUGUCACUAGGUGUUUGUAAUAUUGCCGCACUGAAUUUGAAGAUGGGAUUUUGAUCACUGGAUUGUGUUCGUAGGUUUAUUGGAAGAUAUUGCUAUGAGUGAUUUUCUUGAUUCUU